GGUGCCGCUGGGAGUUGCUGUGGGAGGGGAAGCGGGGACUCUUAUUGUGACACGGCGGCUCCCUCAGCCCCCUUCCCCGGGCUCCUGCACACUCGCUGCCGUUUGACAACAAGAGAAGCGGCGGCGCCGAGCAGCGGGACACAGGGAGAGGCCGGGCCCGCGGGCUGCGGCUGUGACGGGGUUGCCUUGUGGCCGGGCCGAGCGGGGGUGGGGGGAGGCGGCUGGAGGAUCAGCGACACCGCCGCCGCCGAGCCCGAGCCCCCGGUCAUGGGCCACGGGACGAGGAGGAGGCCGAGGCCGCGCUCAGCAGCGACAUGAGGCGAUCGCCGGGGAGCCAGAUCAUUGAAACUUUAAAACAACAAACUGCGAAAAGGAACCAGAAUGUUUUACUAUCAGCCCAUCCCAUUGGCUACAGCUUGCUCUCCAACUGUAUAAGAAGCUACCUGAUUGGAGAAUCUUCAUGAGCUCAGGAGAUGAGAGAGUACCGGCAACAAGAGCAGUCUGACUCCCAGCAGAUACUUCCCGUGACACAGGAGCUCCCCGUUCUCGAGCAGUUUGUUUGUCAGAAGAAGAACAAGAAGGAGCGGAGUCGGCUGACGGACAAUAAAAUGUUGGCUGGCUCACAGAAGCCAGGCCGAGCGCAGAAAACUUCCAGCCCCAACAAGCAGUUAAAGAGCCCUGGUUCUCCGGGAAUGCUGUCUCACAGUCCAGGCCCACUUCACUCUGGCUGCUCCAGGCCCAGGGGUCUGAAGAGCCCCCCACUCACGGACACUCAAAGAUUUUCUGAGAACAGUUUGAAAAUAAAACACGAAUCAGAAAUCCGCCUGUCCACAGUCCCAUCGCCGAAACCCGUGACCAAUCAAAUGCACACAGACAGUAAACUGACCAAUCACGGUAAGCCGGUCAAUAGCAGUGGCCCUGCCCCCAAUGCGAGCCAGGGACCAGUCUGUGGCCUGGGCCCCAAAACCACAUCGAACCCUGGUCACGGGACCAAGUCCACACAGAUCUCUCCUGGAAGCUCAGCGCUGAAAAGUAGCCAGAACUCUGUGCCCAACCUCGGAGCGCUGAAGGGUAAAGUGAAACGGGAGAGGAGUAUCUCGGUGGAUUCGGGAGAGUUACGGGAUACUACCACACCCAUCAUCGACACGGAAACAAAAGUGGACGGACCCCCCCGCACCAAGAGGCGCUGUGUGCUGGAGCGGAAGCAGCCGUACAGUGGGGAUGAGUGGUACUCAGGUCCUGACAGUGACGAUGAGGAUAAAGCUGCAGUGACUGCGCACAAUUGUAAUGUAGUAGAAUCCGUGCUCUCGGGGACUGUUCAGCCAUCUCCUGGUUCGAACCCCCUGCCGGCCGUCCCAGACAGUGCUCCUGUCAGUAUCACCCACAACCCAGUGGGGGGACCUUGCCUGCGAUCAGACACGAACAUUCCGAGGAAUCCCAGCAAACCGUCCUCUCAGUUUGUGUACGUCUUCACCACUAACCUGGCCAACAUAGCUGCUGAGGCUGUGGCACAGGGCCGUGUGGAUUCCAUCGUCUCCUACCACACUCACAAUGUACCCCGGGCUAAACUCGAGCAAGUGUAUGAUCAGAAGCCCUCUGUUACACCUCAGAAAGGACCUGGACUUCAAGAGCAGCUGUCACUCAACACGCCUCCAACUCCACAGCAAAGCCUCCAACCCCCGAGCUCACUGCCUCAGGAGGGGGCAGCUGGGGUGGACCCCCUACACUCAGACAUUGGACCCAAGUCGAUGGAGAGCAAUAGUGGGGCUGGAACCCAACUGGGGAACAGUCAUCCCAACACCAGUAACCCAGCCAGUAACCCUAUGGCCGGGGUUCCAGUCGGAGAUCCAGCCAAUGGAGGAACUGGAGAGGCCGGCAAUCCAAAUGGGAAUGGAUCGCUGAUCAUGAACCUUAACCCCAACACCGAGGGGUUGUCCAAAGAGCAGCUGGAACACAGGGAACGUUCCUUACAGACUCUGAGGGACAUUGAAAGGCUGUUGUUACGUAGCAGCGAGAGUGAGUUUCCUAUGAAAGGUAACUGUGGUCCCAACGGACAAGGGGAUGGACAGCAGGUCAUGAAAAAGCCAGAGGAACCUUUACAAUCCAUGAUCUCCCAGACCCAGUCUCUGACUGGGGUCGAAGGUCAGAAUAUGGAGCACGACCCCAUGCAUCAUCCAGAGAUAAUGCAACGUGACCCAAUGGGGCAACAGGUCAACAUGAUGAAUCCGAAUAACCAAGAGAACUUGACUCCAGAGCAGAUAGCCUGGAGGAAGCUGCAGGAGGAUUUUUAUGAAGAGAAGAGGAGGAAACAAGAGCAAGCUGUGGUUCAGCAAAGGACUAUGCAAGAGAUAAUGAUGCAGAGGCCCAUUGGGGGUGUGAUGGUUCGAGGACCCCCACCUCCCUAUCACAGCAAGGCUGGAGAGCAGUGGCCAUCGACAAUGGGAGCUCGCUUCACCAGCCCCAUGGAGGGCUCUGAUUCGCUGCAGCCCCGUGGGACUGCCCCUUUCUCGGGCCCCCGCUUUCCCGCCAAUCAGAUGCAGAGGGUGAGCGGAUAUGGAGGAAUGCACAAUAUGCCAGUGGAGGCUUUGGGAGCCAUGAAUCCGAUUCAGAGACAGGUACGGCCUGGAAUGCCCUGGCCGGAUGACAUCUCUCCGAUGGCGGGGGCAGGGAACUUCCCACAGGGGGGUAUGCCCUUUCACCCCGGCCAAGGAGAUCCCGAGAGGUUCAUGAACCCAAGGGCCAGGGAGGAGCUGUUGAGGCAGCAUUUAAUGGAAAAGAGAUCAAUGGGAAUGCAGCGCCCGCUCAGUCUGAACAACACGAACAGCAUGGCUGGAAUAUCCCAGGGGCUCGAGAUGGAGAGAAUGAUGCAGGCCCAGAGACAGAUGGAGCCUGGAAUGUUCCCUGGCCAAUUACCUGGAGAUAAUGUCAGUGGGAACCCAAUGGGUUUGGACUUUGUUGGGUCAAGGGGCAUGUUGAGCCCUCCCUUGGGGCAGGCAGGCCCCAUGCGCAAUAUGGACUCCUCCAUGGGAUCUGGAAACGUCAAUAUGAACAUGAAUGUCAACAUGAACAUGAACAUGAAUCUCAAUGUCCAGAUGACCCCCCAGCAACAGAUGAUGAUGUCACAGAAAAUGAGGGCACAGGAAAUGAUGUCACAUCAGGUUUUGACCCCAGAAGAAAUGGCAAGAGUGAGAGCACCCAAUGGCAACAUGAUGUUGGGCGACCCUCAGAAAAUGGCACCACAGUCUCAAUUCCCAAAUCACGGACAACAGGGUUUUCCAGGCGGUCAAGGACAGUUUUCCAGUAUGUCUCAAGAAGUCAAUAACCUGGGGACUCCCGGGGAGAUGUUCAGUCCUGAGCAAGGCCCUUUGCCUAUUACUAGCAUGAGUGGUACAGCUAGACUGAGCCAUAUGCAGAUGGCUCCAACUUCCAAUCAAUCAAGUAACCAUGGUAACGUGGGCACGUUGCUUCCAGGGGCCCAGAGGGGACUAGGCCGCAGGCCCUCUGACCUCACCAUCAACAUCAGUCAGAUGAACUCUCCGGGUAUGGGGCACCUUAAAUCCCCGACCAUGAGCCAGGUUCACUCUCCUCUGGUCAGUUCUCCAUCGGCCAAUCUCAAAUCUCCACAGACACCGUCUCAAUUGGCCAACUUAAACUCCACCAACUCCUCGGCUCCCAUCAAGUCCCCCCAGGUCAUGAGCUCCUCACUUCCAGUCCGCUCCCCAGCCAGCUCCCCUAACCGGCUCAAAUCACCGUCAAUGUCUGUCACCUCUCCGGGAUGGAGUUCGUCUCCGAAGACCACCCUCCCAAGCCCGGUCAUCAGCCAGGGGAAGCAGGCCAUGGCUGUGAACUCUGCGGCUCCAAUGGGAAACGUGGAGCAAGGUCCUCUGGCCUCCGCCCCUCGUUCUGGUCCAGGUCCUGGUCCUGGUCCUGGGUCUGGUCUGCCUUAUAAUUCACCUGAAUCAACACCCUCCCAGAACCCACUCUCCCUCAUGAUGUCGCAGAUGUCCAAGUACGCCAUGCCCAGCUCCACUCCACUCUAUCAUGACGCCAUCAAAACCAUCGCUACCUCCGAUGAUGAGCUGAUUCCUGAGCGCUCCAUGGCAAUGAUUCCAUCAGCAAACAUCCCCGGACUGAGUGGGAGCCAGAAUCCCCAGAUGCACCUGGUGUCGCAGAGUGGUCCUGGAUCAGGAUCUUCAAGCAGCCCCCUGGCAAUGAGCAUGGUGAGCCACCCACUCUCUCACGAACCUGCGACUCCCAUGAUGCCAUCCCCCAGCCUGAUGGGGCACAGCGUCCCGAUGCACGAAGGACAUGCCGGUGGACUGGGCGUACAGAGCCCGGUGAUGGUGCACCCUCCCCAGGACUCCCUUGGCCAACCCUGCGGCCCCUUGCCCGCCACUGGCCCCCAGACGCUACCUCAGAACGCCAUGGUCCUCCAGCGCAUGCAGCACCAGUCCCACAAUGCCCUGCAGUCCCCGGGCUCUGGGAUGCAUCAGGUGUACCCCCCGGGCAUGGUCAUGCCUCAGGAAGAGGGUGUCCCAUUGCACGGGGUCUCUGCCGGAUCAGGGGCCCCUCAGCAGCCCCAGCAGCAGCAGCCCCCUCCUCCCCACCUGAUGGUGAAGAACGCUCCGAGCAGGUCUGCAGGUGAUAGUUACCAACUCUCUGGCGUGGCCUCAGUCCUCAACGACCCAGAGCUUCAGGAUGUCAUCCGACCUUCAGCCAGCGGUAUCCCCGAGUUCAAUCUCUCGCGCAUCAUUCCCUCUGAGAGGCCAAGCAGCACACUGCAGUAUUUCCCCAAGGGCGACUCUCAAGCGUCGAAAGCUCCGUCUUCCAACCCUCACCUCAUGAACCUUCAGAGUAUGAUGUUGGAGCCAGCUCCUCCGAGCAGAGCUACCCUCCAGGGACAGCAGCAGCAGCAGCAGCGAGGUCUAAGCAUGCACAUUUUCCACCCGGGGCAGGUACCGGGGCCGAUAAUGGGAAGGACAGGCCUACCGUCCCAGCACAGUGUGAUGGGGAACAGUCUCCACCAUGUUCUCAUGUCACCGCAGCAACAGAACCUGGUGCUUCAGGCCAAGCAGAGGAGCCUCUCAAUGUCGGGGGAGAUGUACGGACAGAUGGGACACAUGCUGCCCCCACAGGUAGCUGUCCCUCACCAAAGCCUCGUGUCCCCCCAGCAACUGAGACAGAGGAGCAUGUCGUUAGAUACACCCAUCAGCUUCGUCCCCGGAUUGGGAAACACUGCCAACUUACCGUUCUAGCUUCUCCCCUUUUCGUACAAUUAGGAUUUAUGCAAGUUGAGAAGCCACAGUGAUGAGUGUGGGUAGGAGACGGAAUUAAAGUAAUUUUAUUACAAAACAAAA